CACAACUUGCUUGUAUCUGAAGUUUUGUGGGGUUUUAUGAGUAUUGUUAACUUCUAAACAAAAAACAAAGAGAGCCAUUGGAAGGACUGAUAUAUUUGUAAUGGGUCGUCGCUGAGUUUACAAGAAUUCACGGAGAAUACGCGGUUGGUUUUGGGGGCUAAAUGUCACAGCCUGGUUAGCCAGCCUGUUUCGGUUGCCAUUUGGGAGUAGACCUUCCUCGGAGCUACCAUGAUGCUUGCCACACAGCUGCCAGAAACUCCACAAGUGGCUAAAGAUGUCAAACAGAUCAAAGAGAGGUUGUCUCAGUCCCUGAAGGCUCUGCAGAAGCGAUACGUGACGUCAGACGCCGUGGUCACCAGUGAGGACGGAGAUGCUAACAUCCUCUGCUCUGCCUUGGAGGCCAUCUUCAUCCAUGGGAUCAAGAGCAAGUACAUCCGCUCCGAAGCUGGAGGCCGGAGUAGGAAGACGGACCGCGGGCCCCUCCCUCAGCCGUUUUUCUGGAGCCUCCUCAAAGCCGUCACUCACCGUGAUGUGAUCACAGAGCUGGAAAAGAUCAACUUCCUCGGCACGGACGUGGGUCGCUGCAGAGCGUGGCUGCGCCUGGCCCUCAACCACGGCCUUCUGGAGUGCUACCUGGCAUCGCUGUUUCGCGAGGGCUCCAAGCUGCGGRCCCAUUAUCAGCCCGGUGCCUUGCUCCUGAACGAGGAGGAGCGGGAAGUCCUGCUCAGCUACCUCCAGGGUCUGGCCUCGCUCACCUUUAACUUGUCCUACAAGUCGGCUGUUCUCAACGAAUGGACCACCACACCUCUGGCUCUAGCCGGACUGUGCCCCCUGGCCCUGUUGGGCUCGCUCGACCUGCCAAUCAAUGGCGGAGACCAUUCUGCCUUGAAGCCAGAGCGAAAGGAAUCCUGGGAUACAGCGUCUCAGUCGUCAGGUUCAUCCGAUGCGUUGGAUGCGCAGAGAUGCUGCCCAGUACUGAAGGAGGUGGCUGUUUUGCAAAGAGAACCUGGACUCCACUCCUCUAAUUUAAGUCUGGACACCACAGCGUCUUCUCAGCUCUCCUCCAGCUUCAGCUCUGACAGCCUCCUGCACGGUCAGGACCCCCGCAGCCCAGCAGGGGACCUGUGGUCUCCAACUGAGCUGGAUCCACCCAUUAACAUCAGCAUCAGCACCAAAAGGCCACAUAAAGAUGUGCACGCUGAUUUCCAGAGGAAUGGUCAUUGCAGUCAGGACUCAAUGCGGGAAGACUCGUUUGUCUCCAGCACCGGAGCCGAUCAGUUCWCAGAGAUCGCCACUUUCAGCGGCUCGGACAGCGAGACACAAAGUCGCGCUAUACCAUCCCAUGACUCGGUGGAAGAACUCCCAAAUUCUGGCUCAGAGCCGCCUCCGUCCUCCAUCGAGCCGCCAUCACAAGAGGAGCAACCCGAGAUCCAGGCGACCAGCGAAAGCUGCCAAACAUCUGAUCCACGCUCAGAAACGACCACGGUCCCCGUAGUUAUCGAACAUGUCAAAGAUGAGGAGGAAAUACCUGCGACGGUUAUUCCGAAUAAUUCAAAGCGAGUUCAGGAAGUCAAGCAAACCCAUGAGAACAACGCAGAACGUCAAAAGUUUAAAGGAUCGCAGCGCUCCGCAAGCGUCGUCAGCAGGAAACUAUCCACAGAUUCACUUUCACAUUCUUCUUGGAUUUCUGACGACGACAUCUACAAACCUAAUCUGGAGCAGGUGCCAGACAGCGAGGAAACGACUCCGCCCACUCCUGCAGCUGAGCUCAGUGUUUGUCAGUCCCCUCCCAGUGUCGUCCAUCGCAGACAAAUAGGACUGUCCAAUCCCUUCAGAGGCCUGCUGAAGCUCGGCCACCUGGAGCGGCGGGGCCCGGUGGGGAUGUGGCGCGACUACUACUGCGAGCUGUCCCCCUUCGAGUUCCGCCUGUACCAGAACGCCGAGGAGCGCACGUGCUGCGACAACUGCUCGCUGCUGCGCUGCGAAGACAUUCGGAUCACCUCGCCGGACGGCCGCUUCGAUCUGACCUUUCCCGGGAAGCGACUCCACCUCCGAGCGGCCAAUCGCGACGAGGCGGAGGACUGGAUGGACCGCAUCAAUGAGGCCGUGAAGAAGUGCCGCCCGGCGCCGCGCGCUGCCGACAACCGGUGGGAGGUGCUGCGGCCGUGCAGCAACGGCGUGGAMGAGCGCCCGCGUUCCCCUCCGUCCUCGGCCUCCUCCAGCCCCGAGAGACGCUUAUCAUCCUCUGACACGAGCGCAGGGCAGGAUGCAACUCCUCCUCUGCAGAAGUUCAACUGGACUCGGACUACACACCUUGAAACGGAUGCUGUCAAAGAAGCAGUUUUAUAUUUCUCCACAGAUUCUGAGGCCAGAACGUGGACUCCGCUGGUCUUUUCUCUGUCCUUGGAGUUUCUGAAAGGCUUCCGAGUCCAAGAGGAGAAGAAGUCAUUGUUGCUAACGUAUCCCAUCGAAGAAAUCCGGGACGUGGUUCCUGACGUUUCCCAGGGAGGAGCGGACUUUUUCAAAGUGCUGACCAUUAAAGAGACCCUGAGAUUCAGGGCGGAGAACCCGCAGGAGGCUCGCUCCUGGAGGGAUCUGAUCCGCAGGGCUUUGGACUCGUACUUGGAGAGCGGGGAGGACGAAGUUUCCGAGGAACCCGCACCGRUUUUAAACGCUGGCGUGACUGGAAAUCUGCACAGACUGGUGCAACACAGGCUGAAGGAGGACGGAGUGCUGCUGGUCCACCUGUACACGGUUCCAUCAGAGAGGGGGUUGGACACGCAGAACUUUAAAUGUGCAGGCUGUCCCAAGCAGAUCGGACCCUCCCUGGGCCGAGCCCGGCUGUGUGGGUUUUCAGGCCAGUACUACUGYGACGUCUGCCACAAGGGGGACACCACCAUCGUCCCCUCCCGCAUGGUGCACAACUGGGAUCUGACACAACGAGAGGUGUCAAAGAAAGCUCUACACCUGUUGGCUCAGGUGGAGCAGGAGCCUCUGCUGAACCUGGAGCUGCUGAACCCCAACUUGGUGAAGCACUCGGAGUCCGUAGCUCUAGCCCACAACCUGAGAGAGAGGCUGCGUCUGCUGGGGGACUACCUGCUCACCUGCCGCAGCGGAGCCUGCAGGAAUCUCCAGGCCAGAAUGGGACAAAGGUCGUACAUGCUGGAGUCGAGCCACCUUUACAGCGUCAGAGACCUCCGACAGAUAGCUGAUGGAGAAUUUGCAUCCUUCCUGCUCAYGCUGAUUAAGCACGCCUCUAAUCACGUGUUCGACUGUGACCUGUGCACUCAGAGGGGCUUCAUCUGCGAGAUCUGCCACUCUGAAGAUAUCCUCUUCCCCUUCCAGUUCGAAAGCACCGUCAGGUGUAAAGACUGUAAAGCUGUGUUCCACCAGUCCUGYAAGUCCACCGACCAGCCCUGUCCCCGCUGUCAGAGGAUGAAGAAAUACCUGCAGAGAGAUCAGCAAGACUGAGAGCUGCAGCUCUUUGGUGAACGUUUGAGCUUCGAUGCAAAAAAAAAAAAAAAAAAAAAAAAAACAAAAGUCAAGCUUUUACAUAAAAGGAACUUAAAGUGCAAUUAUGUACACUUUGCUUAUUCUGACUCAUAAUAAGAAAAGUGGGUUUUUCAGUGCUGCAGUAGCUCUACUUUUGCACUAAUUAAAAAUUGCGCUGACAGGAUGCAGCCAAACGUUACUGAACACUGAAUUUAUUAUCUCCACAAAUUCAGCCACGGCACGAAAACAAAAACAAGGACAGCUCGUAUUGUUUCUUACUUUGUCGGUGCAUUCUUAACGGUCAUUUUUACCACAUGUGCGCUCCAUGUUAACACUACCCUCCUGCKGCCCUUGGRUCAUGUUUUGUCGGUGUUUGACCCAAGGACAGCAGGAGGGUUAAAGUUCACUUAAGCUGUUCAGCUGACUCUGAUUGUGCCUUCUUCUUAAAUUUUAGCUCAUUUCUGCCAAAAUGCUUCACAUAGCUGUUUAUUUUAAAUAACCAAAAUUUAAAAUUGCUCAGAUGCGUUUAAUUUUUUGGUUUUGUGUAAAUAUAAAUGAAUGUAUCCAAUAAAAUAAAAAUAAAAAAAGAAAGAAAGUUGAGAUUAACAACUAAUUUAGAGUAAAUUUAGAAAAUAUUAGUAAUGCUGCUUGUGUGGUGGGACACACUCAUUUGAUAUUAAAACAAUGUGUGGUUUUCUAAUUCACAUUUGGGGGUAAAUUAUUAUGUUUCAGUAAAUCUGAAAUAGAAAAAAAGAUUGCGUACUUUGCACUUAACUCACGGUUAAAUAGAUUUUACAGCUGGAAUAUGAAGUGAUCCUUCACGUAGCAAACCUUAAUGUGUUUUUUUUUCACCUGUUUAUUUUUAGGGUUUAAUACUUUUUUAGGUUGAUUAUUUCUAGAAAUGGCCAAGAACAAAAAUAAAUCAUUACAUGUUUAUUUAUAAGUUCAUUUUGAUCUAUGCACGAUAAAAUCACGUUCUCUGUACUUCAGUACUGAUAUUCCUGGUUUGUACUCGUUUUAUCUCAAGUAUAAACAUCCAUACUGAAAUAAA